UGAGGAGAUUAAUACUGAAGUUUGUGUUCCUAAAAGUUCAGGUUCUGAUAAUAUGGAUUUGGCUAACAUUUCUGAAAAACAACACGAGCUUAGGAAUGAUAAUGACACUCAUUUAGCUCCAAGAGGGAUUGAUUUAGACCUCAAUGUAGAAGAUGUUUCUAGCUCUGUAAACCUCGAGAUUGCUCGCCCUUUGAAGAAACGUAAUGUGUUGAAGUCACAGCGUUCUUCUGAAUGUGCUAGCUCUACGGGUCGAUUGGGAGAGAAAGAUCCAUUAAGAAUUUGGAAGGAGAUGAAGCAAAAUGGAUUUCUUUCGGCUUCUCAUGGAGGCAUACCGGCACCGAAGCAACGUGGGAGGAGAAGUAAAAACGAUGGUGUUCAUAAAAAGAUGGAGAUUGGUAAAAGAGAGAAAAAGUUGGAGCUUGCAAAGAAGGAGCAGAUCGAUCGGUUUACAAAGAUUGCUGCUCCAAGUGGUUUGCUUACUGAACUGAAUCCCGGGAUCAUAAACCAUGUAAGAAAUCGAAAACAGGUCCAUUCGAUUAUCGAGGCAAUUGUACGGUCUGAGAAACAAGAAAACGAACUAAACGAACGCCUAGCAAAUAAGCUUCUAGCAGAAAAGAAACAUGCUGCUAAAGCAGGAACCAAAAGGGAUCUUGAAAAUACCAUUGAUCCUGAGAGGAAUGUGUUUUGUUCUUCUCAAAAGUAUGGCCCUCCACACAAUGUUCCUGCUAGCAGGCAAAAAAGUGGAUGCUCCUUGACAAGAUCUGUUAUAACGGACGCCGAAGGUGUGGACUAUAGACAAAUCAUGUUGGAUCGAGCCUCCGAAUCGAGCACUAUGAACAACAAAGAAACUCUUGCCCCCGAGCUGUCAUCGUCACAUGCUGUGUCUGAGAAUGCUUGUCCAGUGUCUAAUGAUGAAGAAGAAGAAGAAAACCUGACCUGUAUUUCAUCUCUCUCUCUUAAAGCUGCUACCGUUGCUUCUCAAUGGUUGGAACUGAUACACCAAGACAUUAAAGGACGUCUCUCAGCUCUACGACGUAGUAAAAAAAGGGUUCGAGCUGUAAUUUCUACAGAGUUGUCGUUUCUAAUAGCUAAAGAAUUUCCGUGUAAUGAAGAGAACGAUCCUUAUGUUGCGAAGAGUUCACUCGACAAAACUUCAGUUAUGUCCACUGCUGAUCUCCAUCAAGCAAGAUGGGCUAAACUGUUUAAUGAGAUGGAUAAAGCUCUUGCUGAAGAAGAGAAACAACUAGAAAGUUGGAUGAACCAAGUAAAAGAAAUGCAGAUGCACUCUGAUCAGGGGCUGAACCAUGUUCAGUUGAGGGGGGCAGCUUUCGGCUCGCAGCAAUCGGGAGAAACACAAAAUGACUCGAGAACAAGGGAAGAGAGAGCAUUAGCUGUGGGGGCCGCUGCAGCUUCCAUAUAUUCAACCUGCAACUUUCUGUUCUCAGAGAAUGUGUCCUGUUUCUGAAAAGGAAAGGAAAAAAGUGUAGUCUAUCAAAUCUUUUUUACUUCGCUAUUUGCUAACAUUUUCUUUUCCUGUUUUUUUGGGGACUUCUUGUUUGCAUUAUGAGCUUAUUUAUUUUGUAAUAAGUUAAUUUUAAAUAAAUUAUUGUUAA